AGUAUAACUUAUUUACAUAACUACAAGCAUAUUAUUUAAAACCUACAGCAGUUUCGAUAAGCAUUAGAUGUGUGUGUGUGUGUACAUGAAAUAAGAAAUUAAGUUCAGGCUGAUAGUGAUGAGCUAAUUCACAUUUUUAAAGCUAAGCUGAUUUUAAUAAUUUUUAUAUAUAAUUCGAGUAUAUUGCGUUCGAGAAUAAAUUUACCUGAGUCUUAAGAUAACAGAAAUGGCAGUCCAUAAGUAACUGGUACAAAUUAAAGUUUUCAUAGAUCUAUAUAAACUAUAAUGUCUGGGUGUAUUAAAGUGUUGAAAACUUUUCACGAAUUAAUCUGUUUAAUUGUGUUUCAAUUGGAUAUUAUAAAUAGUUUUAAAAGAUAUGACAAAGGAGACACAAGUAAUUACAUUUCUGUUGCUGCCACAUGAUGUUCUGUGUAACAUCUUGUCCCAUUGCGACGUAAAAACGUUAGGACGACUGAGUUGUGUAUGCCGUCAGCUGAAUCGACUGAUGAGUGAAGAAUGUAUAUGGGUGAAUCGAAGUAAAAAACUGCUAGUGACGAAUCAGAAAGCACACAGUUUUAGAGAGAGGUCAUUCCAAUUAUUGUCUUCUAAGGAAAAGUACAAAGUAUCGCUGAAUUGGAGGAAAUCAAAAUACAAAGAACUCGGUUUGAUUUCUCAACAUACAAAGUACAUGCCAUGGAUUCAGUUGGAAGCAGACAAACUGUGGUACAGCAAAGGAAGCAACAUUUUUUGUUAUACCAGGAAGCCUAGAGGUCGUCUGCAACAUAAACCACUACUGGUCUUGCGUGGACAUGUUGAUGAUGUUUGCCACUUUGUGUGCAGAGAUGGGAUAGUUUACAGUGGUAGCAGGUAUGGAACUGUCUGUGGCUGGCAUGCUGACAAUGGAAAACUGUUGUUCCGAUCCCACCUUUCACACUUCAGUGACAUUAACAGUGUUGAUGCUUGGAAUAACAUCAUUGUUUCUGGUUCAAAAGAUGGAACUGUCAAGACUUGGAAUGUGCAGAAGGGUUUACUUGUUCUUAGGAGCACACUUCAGAUUAGAGAUAGGGUUUGGUCUCUCACCGUAACUCCCAUAGACAGGUAUGAACACAGGGAUUACUUAGUUUUUCCUCCUUCUCCUGAUAUCGCUGUGCAUGCAGGGAGGUUUGCCACACAGUUACGUGAGGGUGUCGCUAUGCCUCCUCAUUUAUCUGAAGAAGAUGCACUGGUGUAUCAUCGUCAGGAUGAUAUAUAUUUGGACAUUCAAAGGUUGGAUCUAUGGGGUGCCAG